UGUUGCAGGAGGUGAGCUGUUUGACUUCUUAGCCGAGAAGGAAUCCCUGACUGAAGAGGAAGCAACGGAGUUUCUCAAGCAGAUUCUCAGCGGUGUUUGCUACCUGCACUCGCUUCAGAUCGCCCACUUUGACCUGAAGCCGGAAAACAUAAUGCUUCUGGAUAGGAAUGUGCCCAAACCUCGGAUCAAGAUCAUCGACUUUGGCUUGGCCCAUAAAAUCGACUUUGGAAAUGAAUUCAAAAACAUAUUUGGGACGCCGGAGUUUGUGGCUCCUGAGAUCGUCAACUAUGAGCCCCUUGGCCUUGAGGCAGAUAUGUGAAGCAUCGGGGUAAUAACCUAUAUUCUCCUAAGUGGGGCCUCCCCAUUCCUUGGAGACACUAAGCAAGAAACAUUAGCGAACGUAUCUGCUGUCAACUAUGAAUUUGAGGAGGAAUUCUUUCGUAAUACCAGUGCCCUUGCCAAAGAUUUCAUCAGGAGACUGCUGGUCAAGGAUCCAAAGAAGAGGAUGACAAUCCAGGACAGUUUGCAGCACCCCUGGAUCAAGCCUAAAGAUACCCAGCAAGCACUUAGUCGAAAAGCCUCAGCAGUAAACAUGGAAAAAUUCAAGAAGUUUGCAGCUCGGAAAAAAUGGAAACAAUCUGUUCGCUUGAUAUCACUGUGCCAAAGAUUAUCCAGGUCGUUUUUGUCCAGGAGUAACAUGAGCGUUGCCAGAAGCGAUGACACCCUGGAUGAGGAGGACUCCUUCGUGAUGAAAGCCAUCAUCCAUGCCAUCAACGAUGACAAUGUCCCAGGCCUGCAGCACCUUCUGGGCUCGUUGUCCAGCUAUGAUGUGAAUCAGCCCAACAAGCAUGGGACACCUCCCUUACUGAUUGCUGCUGGCUGUGGGAAUAUCCAGAUGCUGCAGUUACUCAUAAAACGAGGCUCAAGGAUCGAUGUCCAGGAUAAGGGAGGAUCCAAUGCCAUCUACUGGGCCUCCCGGCACGGCCAUGUGGAUACUUUGAAGUUUCUCAAUGACAACAAAUGCCCUUUGGAUGUUAAAGACAAGUCUGGGGAAACAGCCCUGCACGUGGCAGCCCGGUAUGGCCAUGCAGACGUGGUUCAACUACUGUGCAGCUUCGGCUCUAAUCCUGAUUUCCAGGACAAGGAAGAAGAAACCCCCCUGCACUGUGCUGCCUGGCACGGCUACUACUCUGUGGCCAAAGCCCUCUGUGAAGUUAGCUGCAACGUGAAUAUCAAGAACCGGGAAGGAGAGACCCCACUGCUCACGGCGUCUGCCAGGGGCUAUCACGACAUCGUGGAGUGUCUGGUUGGACAUGGAGCUGACUUAAAUGCCUGCGACAAGGAUGGACACAUUGCCCUUCAUCUUGCUGUGAGGCGUUGUCAGAUGGAGGUCAUCAAGACCCUCCUUGGCCAUGGGUGUUUUGUGGAUUUCCAAGACAGGCAUGGCAACACACCCCUGCACGUCGCCUGCAAAGAUGGAAGUGCACCUAUCGUGGUGGCCCUCUGUGAAGCCAACUGCAAUCUGGACAUCUCAAACAAGUAUGGACGCACUCCUCUCCACCUUGCAGCCAACAACGGGAUCCUGGAUGUGGUCCGCUACCUCUGUCUGAUGGGUGCCAAUGUGGAGGCUCUGACCUCGGAUGGCAAGACGGCUGAGGACCUCGCAAAGUCAGAACAGCACGAGCACGUAGCGGGGCUCCUGGCAAGACUGCGAAAGCCAGCUAAGCAUGUCCACUCCUUCGCACUCCUUCUGCCUACAGUCUCCGUGAGCAUUAACAACCUUUACCCGGGCUGUGAGAACGUGAGUGUGAGGAGCCGAAGCAUGAUGUUCGAGCCGGGCCUCACCAAAGGGAUGCUGGAAGUGUUCGUGGCCCCGUCUCAUCACCUACACUCCUCAGCUGAUGACCAGUCCACCAAGGCCAUUGACAUCCAGAAUGCUUAUUUGAACGGAGUUGGCGAUUUCAGUGUCUGGGAGUUCUCCGGAAACCCGGUGUACUUUUGCUGCUAUGACUACUUCGCUGCCAACGACCCCACGUCCAUCCAUGUCAUCGUUUUCAGUCUGGAAGAACCCUUUGAGAUCCAGCUGAACCAAGUGAUUUUCUGGCUCAGUUUCUUGAAGUCGCUGGUCCCAGUUGAAGAACCCAUAGCAUUUGGAGGCAAGCUGAAGAACCCUCUCCGAGUUGUCCUGGUGGCCACACAUGCUGACAUCAUGAAUAUCCCUCGGCCUGCUGGAGGCGAGUUUGGAUACGAUAAGGAUAUAGCCUUGCUGAAGGAGAUCAGGAACAGGUUCGGGAAUGACCUUCAUGUCUCAAAUAAGCUGUUUGUGCUGGAUGCGGGGGCAUCUGGGUCUAAGGACAUUAAGGUUCUUCGGAAUCACCUGCAAGAAAUACGGAGUCAGAUUGUCUCGGGCUGCCCUCCCAUGACUCACCUGUGUGAGAAGAUCAUCUCGACACUGCCCUCCUGGCGGAAGCUCAACGGGCCAAACCAGCUGAUGUCGCUGCAGCAGUUUGUGUAUGAUGUUCAGGACCAGCUGAACCCCCUGGCCUCUGAGGAUGACCUCAGACGCAUUGCACAGCAGCUGCACAGCACAGGCGAGAUCAACAUCAUGCAGAGUGAGACGGUUCAGGAUGUACUGCUGCUGGACCCUCGAUGGCUCUGCACCAAUGUCCUGGGGAAGCUGCUGUCUGUGGAGACGCCACGCGCCCUGCACCAUUACCGGGGCCGCUACACCAUGGAAGACAUCCAACGCCUGGUCCCCGACAGUGACGUGGAGGAGCUGCUACAGAUACUGGAUGCCAUGGACAUCUGCGCCCGGGACCUGAGUAGCGGGACUAUGGUGGAUGUUCCGGCUCUGAUCAAAACGGAUAGCCUGCAGCGCUCCUGGGCGGACGAGGAGGAUGAGUUGAUGGUGUACGGUGGGGUGCGCAUCGUCCCGGUGGAGCACCUCACUCCCUUCCCCUGCGGCAUCUUUCACAAAGUCCAGGUUAACCUGUGCCGGUGGAUCCACCAGCAGAGCGCCGAGGGUGACGCAGACAUCCGUCUGUGGGUGAGCGGCUGCCGCAUCACCAACCGCGGGGCGGAGUUGCUGGUGCUACUCGUCAACCAUGGCCAGGGCAUCGAGGUUCAGGUGCGUGGGCUGGAGACAGAGAAGAUUAAGUGCUGCCUGCUGCUGGACUCGGUGUGCAGCACCAUCGAGAAUGUCAUGGCUACCACCUUGCCUGGGCUGUUGACGGUGAAGCACUACCUGAGCCCCCAGCAGCUGCGGGAGCACCAUGAACCGGUCAUGGUCUACCAGCCCCGGGACUUCUUCCGUGCUCAGGCCCUGAAGGAGAGCUCCCUGACCAACACCAUGGGAGGGUACAAGGAGAGCUUCAGCAGUAUCACGUGCUUUGGGUGUCACGACGUCUACUCACAGGCCAGUCUCGGCAUGGACAUCCAUGCAUCAGACCUGAGUCUACUGACACGGAGGAAACUGAGUCGCCUCCUUGACCCACCGGAUCCCAUGGGGAAGGACUGGUGCCUUCUGGCCAUGAACUUGGGCCUCCCAGACAUGGUGGCCAAGCAUAACACCAACACCAGGGCUCCUAGGGAUGUCCUCCCCAGCCCUGUGCAUGCCUUGUUGCAGGAAUGGACCUCCUACCCCGAGAGUACCGUGGGCAUCCUCAUAUCCAAACUUCGGGAGCUGGGGCGCCGAGAUGCUGCGGACUUUUUACUGAAGGCCUCCUCCGUGUUCAAGAUCAACCUUGAUGGCAAUGGCCAGGAGGCCUACGCCUCAAGCUGUAACAGUGGCACAUCCUACAAUUCCAUUAGCUCAGUGGUAUCCCGGCGAGACUCCCAUGCUUGGACCUCACUGUAUGAUUUAUAAACAGGCAAUAUGUGAGUGCCUUUUGCAGAAGAGGGUGUGUUGAAAUCAUCUGAGUCAGCCCGGAGCUGUCACCACGGAAACGCUACCUCUCUGUCCCUUGCUGUGUGCUGAUCAUCGCCAGAGGUGCUGCACUCUGAGUGGUUGGUUUGCCUUUGGUAUUUUUUUCCCCUUUUUCUUUUUUUUCUUCCAGGGAGGGAGCUCUGUGUUUCAUUUGGCAAGGAAAGAGGCAAAAGGAACCCUCUCCCCCAGAGUGUUCAUGGGCCAGUGUUGCUGUACGAAGACAUUUUUUCUUUAGUUGCUUUUGUCAAAACAUCCAUGUGAACAUGUACAUGAAACCUACAGACUGUCAUGCCUCAUCACUCCCUCCCACCUCAGGUAGAAGGUUGACACAGUGUAGGGUCAUGGAGACCCACGUUAAGAAUCCCGAAGACCCCCCAACUCAUAAUCCGUGGCAGUCCCUUGUCGGCGCAUAGCGGAUGGAUUCUCCGUUUAGAUCCUGGUUUGGUCACUUGCUGUACUUGAAAGAGAGAAAAUAGAGUAAACAAGUUUUCUUGGGGUGAUUGAGAUUGUGAUAACAUUUUGAAUCGAUAUGAGGGAACGUGUUUUAAUUCUGUCCCGAGAAGCAUGUAAUGUUACCCUAUCAUCUGUACAUAUAUAUAUGCACUAUGUACAUACAUAUAU